AUGGUAUCUACUGAGAAGCGACCUAUCCCAGCACCACGUACUACCUUAAUCGGUAGAAAACCGGCGGUGCCUAAACGUGGUGUAGAAAUCAACUUCUCUAAUUCUCAUUUCAUUCUUCCUAGCUCUAGAGAAUGUUUUUCACAGCGUAAUAAUAUUCUAACAUUUCAAAGGCAGCUCAGCUCAAGCAACAACUUUCAUCGCGCAAAUUCUUUGUCUGACAUUAGGAAUCGGAGUGUAGUAAGCGUUCGUCGUUCUGCCUCAUUUCAUUUGUGUAUAUGCAGUGUUCAGAAAAAUAGUUUGACAAGCAAUAAUUCUGGAAAAAAAUGGCAUUGGGAAGGGGUCGAUGAUUCCAAUGAUUCACAUCUGCAUUCAGGCUAUAACUCAAAUACGAGAUUUUCGGAAUCGGGACACGUUGCGCGAAUAACGAAAAUGAUAAAUUCUGCAAAUUCUCAAAGCACAUCAACCUUCAUGAAUAAACCAGUUGUCUCUUCAACAAGUAAAAUGGAGACUGCAAAUGUGCAGUUACCUGUUGUGAAGUCGUGCUGUUCCUUGAAUAGAAGUACCAUUACGACUGUUGAAGACAGUAACAAAGAUAGUAGUUCAUUUAAUGAGACCGGAAAUCAAAAAUAUGAUAAUACUAUGGAAUCGGGAAGUGUUCCGGCAGAAAUUCCACGGUGUGGUUUGUGGAACUCCGGUUACAUUGGUCUUGAGGCUUAUAUUAAGAUGAUGGAGCAAUGUUUCGAAAAUGUGCAAACGAAUCCUAGAUCUGUUACCAAUACCAACUUUUUGGAUAAACUUUAUACGGAAGUAGAAUCAGCAAGUAUGGCAAAGGCAGCUCAACAUGAUAGUGGUGAAAAAUUAGAUGAUCAUCCUCUUAUGCUAGAAAACUUUCCACUUUCUAAUUGGGCCGAAAUUGUUGUUGGUAAAAAAGAAUAUGGCAAAUUAUGGGUAGUGAUCGUGGACAAUUUUUUAUCUUGUUGGACUAGUGAGAUUACGGAUGGUUGUCCUAUAGUUGGCCCAUACAACCUUAAAAAUACUUUGUUUGUUGGAAAAAAUCCAUCAGAUGAUAGUAUUGAAUUGCAUAUUCGAGAAAAUUUUCUUUGUAGUCAUUGGACACAUCUAAAGCUUGUAUCAAUCGCUGAUGUCGAAAAAUGGAUUUCAAAUAUUGUAAAGUGUAUCAUGCCCAAGAAUGAUUUACUGCUGUACAGUUUGAAGAAUUUGAGCGCUGGGGGUAACUUAUGGAUUCGACAGGGAACAGCUUGUGCAUGGACAAGUGGUUGGAUGUUUCUUGAUAACCAUAAGCUAUUUUAUACAUUGGAUAAUUGUUCCAUGUUAUUCGAACUUGAUAUACGUAAAUUCAUUGGAAUGAAAAGUGCAUUAAGUAAAGUUGAUUGGUGCGCUUCAGUUGUUGGUUCUUUAAAAGGACCUUUUCUCUUACUGCAAGAAGGAGGCUCUCUAUUUGUUCAAGCUGAGCAUGAUUCCGUUACAUUUACAUGGAUUAAUUUACUAAAGCAUCAAAUGGCAUGUAGUGGUUAUAGAUUGGAAGAUUCAAAGUUAACAUCAGACGACGUUCCAGUUAUUGUAGACAAGUGCAUAAAAUUCAUCUCAACAUAUGGUCUUCUUCAUCCUGGUCUCUAUCGUUGUAGUGGUUCAGCCAUAAAAGUUCGAGCUCUAUUAUCGGAAUUUAGGAAAGAUCCUAUUAAUUUGCAUUUGUUACCUGGAUCUGAUGACAUUAUUAAUGUCGUGGCAGACGUACUUCGAUCAUUUUUUAGGCAGCUUGAUUCCCCACUUGUUCCGUAUCAUAUUCAAGACCGUCUCUUUGCUGUUUUUAAUAUGAAAGACUCGUCUAGGUUAGAUGAAUAUCAUGAAAUUCUGAUGGGGUUACCGCGGAUACGUAUUCAGACAUUAAGACGUGUGCUUGAUCAUUUGAAAGAUGUUACGGAACAUGCAAAUGCCAAUUUAGCAACUGUAGAAAACAUUGCCAAAGUUUUUGGCCCUACUUUGCUUUCAGUUCAACGGGAUAGUGAAUUAAGCAGCAGUUUUUCCGGUAUGAUGCGACAAAUAAAUCUUGUCAAGGAUCUUCUCACUUAUUAUGCAUCUAUAUUUCGCAUUUCAGCACGUGAAAUGUGUAUUAAAUCGAAGAUAAACAUGUUGCAAGAAAAACCUAAUCAAACGAAGGCUCGUGCAGAUGGCUUUCUAGUUCCGGUACAUAUUCUGGAAAAAGAUAAUCAUACGUUUAAUGUUCAGUCUUCAUCAAAUGCAGAACAGGUUUGUGACGCUGCUCGGAAUAGACCAGCGAUUCGUAAUGAAACUGAUGUUAAUACUUUUGCGUUGUUUGAGGAAAUAAAGUAUGGUCAGCUGGAAAGGCGAGUAAAUCCACCUGAAAAGAUGAGUUCCAUGAUUACUUGUCGAUGGCUUGAUUGGGAACCAUCCGAAUGCUUUUUACUAUUUAAAAGGGAUCCCAUUCCUUAUUCGUUUCAGCUCUCAUAUCCGUUUGCUGAUGAUGUGCGAAUAGCGGAGCCAGGCACGAAAUCAUAUAAUAUUGGCCAUCUGAAAUUGGAAGCGGGGGUGGUUGCAUAUUACAAUAAGAAUCUGAAGAAAGUGAACCAGUGGCAUACGGAUGAAAUACUGUGGUAUAUAGGGCAUGAAGGUGGUCGUAAGCCACCCUAUCCAUAUACGUUGACAUUUAUAUUACCGAAAGAUCAUAAUUUCAAGUAUAAGUCGAAAUAUAUGGGUUAUUGUGUCGCGUUUCGAGAGGUUACGCUUAGAGCGCAAUGGCUUAAUGCAGCAGUUAGUUCACAGCAUGAUUUUCGUGAAAAUUCUAAUAUGCCAUUACUGCAGAUUUAA